AUGGAGAGAAAAAAUUAUCCAAAGAAUACUUCCAAAGGAUCUCAUCCAUUUUCUUGUUCUGGAAUUUUUAAUUCUAUGUUUUCUAAUCAAUCACCUUUGGUGUUAGGAAGAGAAUCUGUACGAUAUGAAGUCAAUGACAAGAAUGUGAAGAAGACAUUAAACUCCUUAAUUGAAACUCAAGAUGAUAUCUCGGAGAACAACCAAGAAAGUGAAGCACAUAAUACAAAAAAUAACAAUAGAAGUUCCAUCUACCAUGAUCAAACAACCCAUCCAUGUAACAUCAGUUCAUCUAUAUACUAUGGUGGUCAGGACAUCAUUCCAAACACUCAGAGUACACACAAUGCAGGAACAACUUCAUUUAAUAAUUGGGAAAAGGAUGAUUCAGGAGCUGCCUCAAGAGGAGAUUGGUGGAAAGGGGGACUUUAUUAUUAA